CUCAGCUCUCUCCGAGUUUCUCCCUGAGAACGAAUUGCCUGUGAUGUAAACUGUUAGGUUCGUCGCAUUUGAGCAAACGUUUGGUUGGUUUUAAAAAUCGCAUCGGUUGCAAGUGAAUGAUAAUGGCAAAUUUAACGUGACCACAGACGCGACUUGGAGAUAGCACAGAAACCACGCGCGGUCCAGUACAUCUCUUUUCGCAACAUUAUUAACUGAAGCGUGGAGAUAACCGAUUUCAUCUACUGGGGCUCUGUUUUGUGUGAAGCGCGGAACUUGGAUUAUGUCCACUGAGACACUGUGCCGUGUGCGCAUCUACCGUGUCGCCUGUUCGAAGAAGAGGAUAGUAUCUUAAUAUUGUGGUACCUCUUUUAGAUAAAAGUAGCCUGCAACUGUUUUUGGUGUGGUUGUCUGUGCCGUUCACAGGAAGAUCGGGAUUUGGGACAGCGCACGUCGCCUUGUUUUACCUUUUUGCAAAUCUUCUCUCUUGUGUGGAUCUUUAACUCGCAUUGUAACAAAUGUGCACCUGAGACACUUCAGCUUAGUCCGUCAUAGUGGAGGAUACAACCUCGUGGUAUUGGUUCAUAAACACAACCAUUUUCUCUAAAUGCUACUUUGUGCGUUCAGUGUUUUUGUAAACAGAAGUUAUCAGUGAAGCAAGGUGGCUUGUUGCCUAAAGUUGAGACACUGGGAAGGUAUCUGGAAAUUUGCUGUUGUCAAAAGGAUUGACUGAUUCACUUGACAGGUGUUUCAGACUAAAGAGAGACUCUGCUAACAUUGUCACCAGAAUAGCCUAUAGACAAGCUAUUGACAAGCUAUUGCCAGUGCUGUUUUGCCCAAUAGCCUACGAUUUUUGAAGUGAACUGUUGUGAAUAUACGUUUAUUUGGGUUUUGUAUUUUAAUGUUUCAAACUGUUGUGUAUGGCAGUGCGUCAACUGUCUUCAUACUUUGACUGACCACUAAAAGACGCGCGUGAAAGGGCGUGAACUUGCUUGUCUGGUAGUUUGCAUCCCAAAGGCUCGAACAUUCCCCUUCUUCAGUACACCCGCGUUCACGCAGUCGGAUCGACGGCAGCCAUGGACCUGAAGACAGAUUCGGAGGAGAUGGACUGCGAGCAACCACCUCCCAUUGAAGUUUUCGCCAGCAGGUCCACGCUGCAUGGCAUCUCGCACAUGUUUACAUACGAGCGAAUCUGCAUCAAGCGCUGUUUGUGGAUCCUCUUCUUCAUGGGCUCCGUCAGCGUGCUGCUGAUGGUGUGCAUCGACAGAGUACAGUUCUACUUCGAGUACCCACAUAUUACUAAACUGGACGAAGUCACCGCGCCGCUGAUGGUUUUCCCCGCCAUCACCUUCUGCAACCUCAAUUCCUUUCGAUUCAGCCGCGUGACACGGAACGACCUGUACCACGCAGGGGAGCUACUUGCACUUCUCAACGGAAGGUACGAGAUCCGUGACACUCACAUGGUGGAGGAGAGCGUCCUGGAGACCCUGAAGGUGAAGGCGGACUUCCACAGCUUCAAGCCACGCCCCUUCAACAUGCGCGAGUUCUACGACCGCACGGGCCAUGACAUCAAGGAAAUGCUGCUCUCCUGCUACUACCGGGGCUCCGAGUGCAGCGCAGACGACUUCAAAGUGAUCUUCACACGCUAUGGAAAGUGCUACACCUUCAACUCGGGCCAGGAUGGGCGCCCCCUACUGGUCACCAUGAAGGGAGGCAUGGGCAACGGCCUGGAGAUCAUGCUGGACAUCCAACAGGACGAGUACCUGCCUGUGUGGGGAGAGACAGACGAGACUUCAUUUGAAGCGGGCAUUAAGGUGCAGAUCCACACACAGGACGAACCCCCCUUCAUCGACCAGCUGGGCUUUGGCGUGGCGCCAGGCUUCCAGACCUUUGUGUCCUGUCAGGAGCAGAGGCUGACCUACCUGCCCCCUCCGUGGGGAGACUGCAAGUCCACUCCGAUGGACUCCGACUUCUUUAGUUCCUACAGCAUCACGGCCUGCCGCAUCGACUGUGAGACACGCUACCUAGUGGAGAACUGCAACUGCCGCAUGGUGCACAUGCCAGGCGACGCCCCGUACUGUACCCCUGAGCAGUAUAAGGAGUGUGCGGACCCUGCACUGGACUUCCUGGUGGAGCGAGACAACGACUACUGCGUGUGCGAGACGCCCUGCAACAUGACACGCUACGGGAAGGAGCUGUCCUUCGUCAAGAUCCCCAGCAAGGCCUCUGCCAAGUACCUGGCCAAGAAGUUCAACAAGACGGAGCAGUACAUCUCGGAUAAUAUCCUGGUGCUGGAUAUCUUCUUCGAGGCGUUGAAUUAUGAAACAAUCGAACAGAUGAAGGCCUACGAGUUAGCCGGGCUUCUAGGUGACAUUGGUGGCCAGAUGGGUCUCUUCAUUGGGGCCAGCAUCUUGACCAUCCUGGAGUUGUUUGACUAUCUCUACGAGGUGAUCAAGUACAAGGUUUGCCGCUGCACCAAAGCCAAACAUAAACGCAGCAACAA